AACCUGCGCAGGGAACGCCGGGCAUGUACGCAGACUCAGUCGGCCGCCGGGAGGGAGCGACCUAGCGGGCGGUCGGGAAGAGCGCUGACCGGUCACCGGCUGUGAGCACGAUGAGACCCGGAGAGGAGAGGCCGGUGGAGGGGGGCGCCUGCGCCGCCGUCUUCGAGGUGGAGCUGCUGAAGCUGCGCGCGGCGGAGUGCAUCGACGAGGCGGCCGAGCGCCUGGGGGCCCUGAGCCGCGCGAUCUGGAGCGAGCCCGAGCUGGCCUACGAGGAGCACCAUGCCCACGACGUGCUGACGCGCUUCUUCCAGAGCGAGCGCCCGGCCGCGUCGUGGGUGGUGCAGCCGCACUACCAGCUGGUCACGGCCUUCCGUGCCGAGUGGGGGCCGCCGCGGGGCUGGGCGGCGCCGAGCCCGCUGCACCUGGGCUUCCUCUGCGAGUACGACGCGCUGCCAGGCAUCGGGCACGCCUGCGGCCACAACCUGAUCGCCGAGGUCGGGGCGGCGGCCGCGCUGGGCGUCAAGGGGGCCCUGGAGAGCCUCCCUGGGCCGCCUCUGCCAGUGAAGGUAAUUGUUCUGGGAACCCCUGCAGAAGAAGAUGGUGGUGGCAAAAUUGAUUUAAUCGAAGCAGGGGCUUUUAAAAAUCUUGAUGUUGUUUUUAUGGCCCAUCCAUCUCAAGAGAAUGCUGCUUAUCUACCUGAUGUGGCUGAACAUGAUGUGACUGUGAAGUACUAUGGAAAAGCAUCUCAUGCUGCUGCUUAUCCCUGGGAAGGACUAAAUGCAUUAGAUGCUGCUGUCCUUGCCUACAGCAAUCUGUCUGUGUUAAGACAACAAAUGAAACCUACCUGGAGAGUUCAUGGUAUAAUAAAAAAUGGUGGUGUAAAACCCAAUAUCAUUCCCUCUUAUUCUGAACUAAUCUAUUACUUCCGUGCACCCUCAAUGAAAGAACUUCCAGUUUUGACCAAAAAGGCAGAAGAUUGCUUCAGAGCUGCAGCUUUGGCUACUGGGUGCACAGUAGAAAUUGAAGGUGGAGCACAUGAUUAUUACAAUGUUCUUCCCAAUAAGAGCCUGUGGAAAGCUUAUAUUGAAAAUGGAAAAAAGCUGGGAAUAGACUUCAUUUCAGAAGAUGCAAUGUUGAAUGGCCCUUCAGGAUCUACUGAUUUUGGAAAUGUUACUUUUGUGGUUCCUGGGAUUCAUCCAUAUUUUUACAUUGGCUCUAAUGCCUUGAAUCAUACAGAACAAUAUACUGAAGCUGCAGGAUCACAAGAAGCUCAGUUCUACACUUUGAGAACGGCCAAAGCUCUGGCAAUGACUGCAUUGGAUGUUAUUUUUAAACCAGAGCUGCUAGAAAGAAUCAGAGAGGAUUUUAAAUUGAAACUUCAAGAAGAAGAGUUUUUAAAUACAGUAGAAUAAAAGGAAGAUUUAGGAGCCACUCACGGAUCAUGAAGAAGUGAUGAUUUUCCUCUUUAAUCUUUUUUAAUGAGGGAGGAGGGCAUGGCUUGUUUUUCAGUCUUAAGGGAGUCAUAUUCCCCUUACCUGAAAAGUGAGGACACGAUGUGGAGAAAACACAUUACCUCAUAUCUAGAGUGAAAAUUUCACAAAUCUGUAUAUGAUGGAAUUGUGACAUUUCAGGGCUGGUAUGUAAUGGCAUUUCAUAAAGAACCUGGAUGACACAUGGUUUAUCAGUGAUAACAUUUUAUCAAUCCAUAUGUUGUGUGAGUGUAUUUUGAAAGAUCCAAGAGAUUUCAAGCCUUAUAUCCAGAAUUGCCACAUGAAAGAUUUUUUUUGAUAUAGGGUGGUAACAUUGUUCUAUAAAGUUGCUUUAAAAUUCAAGUUCUAACUUUAGGGAAGGUUCAUUUGGAAUAUCUGACUAUAUCUGUUUUGGUUUAGAGAAUUUCUUCAUUGACAAUAAAAGUAUGCUUUUUAUCAGAAAUGCUGUGGGGAAACAACUAGAAACUCAGGUACAAAGAAUAAGCUUUUGUUUUACCAGUUGAAGGAAAAUGAAAAUGUUCUUUUUUAUAUAUACUUUACUCUGAGAGGUGGCAUUAAAGUGCUAUUCCUCAUUCCAUAUUUCAGUAAUAGAAAAAAUGGUAAAUGGAUAGGAUUAGACUCUUCCUGUAAGGUGUUUGCUUGGUAGCCCCAUGUGUUCCAGAGGAACUUAAUUAGAGGAGUGAUGUCUGCUUAUCUUGAAUGUUAAUGCCAUAUAACUGAUCCCCUCCACCUAGCAGGCCUAUUCAGGUUUCUUCUCAGAAGCUAGCCUGUCCAGCUUGAGUAAACUCAGCAGUUUAUUAAAUUUAGGGGACAGAAUUCUAAGCCUCCUUAAGCCCCAUGCUAGUUCAAUAUAAACUAAAAAGUAUUGUAAGUUUUUCCUGAUGUGACUUUCUUGAACACGAUAAGAGAAUGUGAAACAAGUAUCCGGUAAAACGAAUAUUUUACGCUGUGAAUAUAGUAAAGGUCCAGUAGACUUUAUUUUAAAGGGAGUCCUCAAGUUUGAGUGUAAGCAUUCCAGAAAUGGAAGGGGAAGGAGGGAAAAGUGAGCAUUUGGCCUCUGCUGUAAGCAAGUCACUUGGGUGCUCUGUGCCUUCAGCUCCUCAUUUGGAAAGUUAGAUUAGAUCCCUCAUCCUUACAGUCCUUUAAACCUCUAAUUCCUAUUCUACCUGAAAUUAUUUAAAGUUGAAACAAGGAGAAGGGAAUUUGGGUGGAGAGUUAGUAGUUGAGAAUUGCUUUUCUUCUGUAUCAGAGGUCUGCAGACUGCGGCCUGAUUUGGCAAGCAGCCUGAUUCUGUAUGGCUAGCAUGCUGGAAAUGGCCUGUACAUUUUUAAAGGGUUGUAGAAAAAAAUAAAGCGUCAGAGACCAGAUCGUGUGACCUGCGAAACCUAAAAUAUUUACAAUCUGGCCCUUUGUAAGAUAAAGUUUGCCAGCCCAUCCUAUGUAACAGUAAAAUAAAAACUGUUUCUCUUUGACUACAUCUUAUAAUCAGAUCUCCUAGAAGAAAACUUGAAGCCUCUGAAUUGAAAACAUUAAGAAAGGGAUUUAGACAGCAGUGCUGUGUUGACCAUUAUAAUGCAUCAGUGGUUUCUCUUCAUUGAGGGUUCUGGCUCUUUCGAAGUUCGCUUUUUUUUAGCAUUUACUUUGUUCUGGGAUACAGGUACCCUGCUGCCUUAAGGCUGUCCUCUAUGCAAGCUGCUCUUCUAACCCUUCACAUCAGCUUUUAGAACAUGAUCCUCCAUGACACUCUGAUUAUUUAUAACCUCAAACAGGCAUGGUUGGUAUGUAUUUUACAAACAGAAGAGGGAUCAACAACGGCUUCACGCUGAGAAUAGGAUAUGUCCAAGACCUCUGGUUUAUAAAAACAGAAUUAGUUUCCUAAUUAUCAAUUUAAUACAUUUCUCAACUACAAGCUUCAAAUUCCUUAUAUAAAUCCUGCACUCUAAGGAAUGUGGUUUUAUUUUCUAAAGCCUCCCUAAAAUUCUAGAACAGUGAUUGUUAACUGGUGUCCUGACACACUGAUAUUCUCCUGUCUCUUGUGAACUGUCACAAGUUUCUUGUUACUCAUACAAAGUAUUUGUGAUGAAUUUACUUUUUAAAAACGAAUUAGAGAAAAUGUCAGGUUAGCAUUUUGUUGUUGCCGAUUCACUUGUGUUCUGAUAAGCAUCCUGCAUGAGAGGGCAAGGUGUCGAGUUGCUGCUGAUGUGCAGGGGAGAGGUACAGUCUGUACCAGUGCUAUCUGCCACAGCCCAGUCAGAGGAGGUAAUGUUGACAAUACUGCUAAGAUUUCUGUCCCUUCGGAGUUUCUGUAAGAUUUUUUUUUCCUUUCAACAUUUAAAAAACUUGGUCAAAAUAUGGGAUUACCCAUUGAAAUAUGUCCUGGAUUUAUCAUGUCAGAAAAGAGGUUGAAAUGCUCCAGAGUCUAUCUAGAAGUAUAUAUUUUUUUCCCCAGAUCUCACCUUGACAUUUUACAUUAUUUUACUUUAAGUUAUUUAAUAUAAUUCAGACUUUUUAAAUCCCUUUUUAUAUAUCAGUGAAAUAACUGAGCCAUAUUACACUGAAAAGUGUAAAUAAAUAACAUAAAUAAAUGCUGAGUCAAAAAAUCUGUCCAGAGGAACAAUUGUAGCUAAUCUUCACUCUGCCAUUUGAAUUUGGGAGACUACUUCAUUUGUAAUGGUAGUUUUUCCUUUUGGAACUAAGUUCUUUCUUUAUCCUCAUACUUCAGUGGCAUGUUUGGAAUGUGCUAAAUUUUCAUAAACAUUAAUACUUAGCUUAAAUUAUCAUUAUUGAUUUGUCCUCAUACUUUGGAUUAAGUCUCCAAAGAUUUUGGAAGAUAAAUGGGGAAGCACUCGAUUACAGGAGAACAGUGUCACUUCUAGAUAAAAAGGGUUAUAUAUAGCUCUUUGACACAUGAAUAGGACUUUUUCAAAAUUUUGUGUCUUGAUUUUGAGGAAGGGGGCAACUAAGUUUUUCUCCCAGAAUUAAUUUGAAGGAUGACACUUUACUGUCACUUGGAUUCGGUGAUUGUGUGUUAUUCCUCCACUAGACUGUAUGUUCUUUGAAGCCAUUGUCUUCUCAAUAUGCUUAAUUUCCUUCAAGUACACUAAAACCUGACUCAUCUGGAAAAAAACAGGCCAAGCUGAGUUCAUGUAAAGUUUAAAAUAAUAUAAUUUUUUAAAUAUGGAAUUAGUUUCUGACCUCAACUAGAGAUAUAGGUGGACCUGCUUGAGGUAUCUUUGUUUUUAUGGAAAAUGCUUUUAUUACAUGCCCUUUUUUUUUUUUUUUUUUUUUAACUUUCACUGUUCACAGGCCGAACGAAAGGCCUUUUCCUCAAAUAGCAACUUUUGGCUAUCUUUGUUAAAUUAAUAGACUUUAAAGGUAUAAUUCAAAAUAAUGGUUUAAAUUUAAUUACAGAUUGAAAAUGUUUUCUCUUUUGUGACUUAAUUUUAAAAGCAGGCCUGACUUAAUAUGGGACCUGUAUAAAACAGUUAUACUGAACAAUUAUAUUAGACUGAGUAUAGCUAAUAUUUAGCUUGCCUCUUAAAAUUAUCAGACUGCUAUUCAGUUUUAAAAACUACCCAUAGUUUAUGAACUACUCAGGAAGAUUUUCCCUUUUAAUUGCUUCUUCGUGUAGUACUCAUAAGGGCUGGGGCAUUUAGGAUAAACUAGAACAUUUUCAUGUGUUUUAUGAAUACUUGUAUAAACUGAAAGUGUUUUGAUUUCCCACAAUCCUCCAAAGGACUGUUUAUUUGUUGAUGAGUUGUGUUGAUAUUUUUGCUGUUACAAUUUCAGCAAUGGAGUUCAGUGAACGUUUGUCGAGGAGAGCCUACUUCUAAGCACUGGGGGGAAGACAAAGAGUAAGAUAUGGUCCAUGCCCCAAAAAAACUUGUGGUUGGUGGUAAGUUCUCAUAAGAUUUGCUUCAUCUGAGCACACUGGGAUUGAGGGAACAUCUGAAGGCUGCUGUCUUGGAAAUUUUUGAGGAAGUGUUUCUAAAACACUUAAAAAUACCUGAGUCAUGUCAGUCUGUUUGAAUAAAAGAAAUCGAUAUGAAAAGUCUUUUCUUAAAAAAUGAUUGUCUUAUUUUAUAGUAUAUUCUUUUUAAAAAAACAUUUCCGAUAGCUGUGUUUUAUACAUUUCUUUUUAUCUGAAGCAUCUCUAGUCUUUUGGAAAAUGUCCUACAUAGUGCUAGCCUUCAAACUAUCAAAGUAAAUUUUCAUUGUAAAAUAAAUUAAUUGUCUUUGUGCCAGCUAGCAACUCUUUAUAAGUCUGUAAGGUAUGAAAAAUUACAUCUUUAUUUUUUUUACAUACUUCAAGCAUUUUACAAACCAAUUAAAUAGUUGAGGAUAGUGCAUUUUGACAUGUAUAAAAUAAUUUUUUCAAGUAAGCAAUCAGUCUCUACUACCAUCAGAUCAUAGUCAUUUUUAAAAUAUUUUAAUACAUACAUAUUAAAGUAUGUAUGAAAAAAUCUAAAAUGUUAAUAAAUAUG